AUGGAUUUAGAUAGUACCCUCAUGGCACUUGGGAAUUGUCCUGUAUUACUGAAAGUCCCAGGGCCAGUUUCUUUUUCUGGACUGUACCGAUGGAAUGCAGGCUUCCUAGCACUGCUCUUGAGUGCCCCCUACCAUGAAGAAUAUUCUGUAUGGGCACUGAGGUGGGGAGGAGAUUUCUCUGAGCCAGAUGCUAAUAAGCCGCUGAGGAACACUGAAUUGGGAAAGGUUUUUGGGAAACAAGUCACAGUGGAAGGAAGUACCAUGCCUGUGAACAUGUUCCUUGGGAUCCCCUAUGCUGCACCCCCUCUGGGACCUCUAAGAUUUGAGACACCAAAGCCUGCAUUGCCCUGGAAUGGCUUGCGAGAUGCCACAAUCUAUCCUAAAUUGUGUUUCCAGAAUUCAGGGUGGCUACGCUCAGAUCGUCAUAUAUACAAGGUGCAUUAUCCCCCACUGGAAGUAUCAGAAGACUGCCUGUACCUUAACAUCUUUGCACCUGCCCACGCAGACCUUUGCUCCAAUCUCCCUGUCAUGGUGUGGAUACCAGGUGGCUCUUUUGAGACUGGCUCAGCCUCCAUCUUUGAUGGGUCUGCCUUGGCUGCCUAUGAGGAUGUGCUAGUUGUGACUAUCCAGUAUCGGCUGGGAAUAUUUGGCUUCUUCAACACAGGAAACUGGCAUGCUAAGGGGAACUGGGGCUUUCUGGACCAGGUGGCUGCUCUCACCUGGGUCCAGGGGAACAUCCAGAACUUUGGUGGGGACUCGAACUCUGUGACCAUCUUCGGGGAGUCUGCAGGAGCCAUAAGUGUUUCCAGUCUUAUUCUUUCCCCCCUGGCCAAUGGCUUAUUCCACAAAGCUAUCAUGCAGAGUGGGGUGGCUAUCUUCCCUUACCUGAAGGCUGCUGAUGGUGACAGGACUAAGGAUUUGCAGAUGAUUGCCAAUAUCUGUGGUUGCAAGAAGUCUGAUUUCCUGAUCCUGCUACAGUGCCUGAGGAAAAAAUCCUCUAAGGAAUUACUGGACAUCCACAAGAAAGCCAAGUCUUUCACUCGAGUGAUUGAUGGUUCUUUUUAUCCCGAUGAGCCUUUAUCGCUAUUGACUCAUAAAACAUUUAAUCCAGUUCCCUCUAUCAUUGGUGUCAACAACCACGAAUGUGGCUAUCUGCUGCCCAUGAAGGAGUUUCCUGGGGUCCUUAAUGGUGUCAACAAAUCUCUUGCCAUGUAUUUGAUACGCACAGUCUUGCAUAUCCCUCCCCAAUGUUUGCAUGUGGUGGCUAAAGAAUACUUCCCUACCAAACACUCUUUGACUGAAGUACGGGAUGCUUUACUGGACUUGUUCGGAGAUGUGUUAUUUGUGGUCCCAGCACUGGUCACUGCUCAGUAUCACAGAGGUGCUGCUGCACCAGUCUACUUCUAUGAGUUUCAACACCGACCUCAAUGCUUUCAUGACACAAAGCCAGCUUUUGUCAAAGCGGACCACACUGAUGAAAUCCGUUUUGUCUUUGGAGGUGCCUUCCUGAAGGGCAACGUUGUCAUGUUUGAAGAUGCCACUGAGGAGGAGAAAUUGCUGAGUAUGAAGAUGAUGAGAUACUGGACUAACUUUGCUCGGACUGGGAAUCCUAAUGGAAAAGACCUGCCUCUGUGGCCUGCCUAUAGCCAACAACGCAAGCAGUAUUUGCAACUGGAUUUGAACAUAAGUGUGGGAGAGAGACUGAAAGAGAGGGAGGAGAAGUUUUGGACAAAUACCCUCCCCCUAGUACUGUAUACUUCUGGAGUGGUCCUCAAGUCUUUUCAUUCCUUGAUCUUUCUUUCUCUCCUCCCACCUUUAUUCUUCUCCUUUGCUUCUUAAGAACUGAUUCUUUGUCAUUUUGGUUUUCCUUCUCCUCCUGUACGCUCUACCAUAAUCAUUAGCUUUAUCUUGUGUUUAAUUAUGGAAUCAGCAGUUCUCAGUGGUGUUUAGUGGAUUUUGGGAAAGAUCUUUAGGAAUUCCUUUCAGCAUCAACAGUGCAAUUUGCUUUGGAAGACGACCACAUUUUGUCAAUACACCUGUAAGAGCUGGCUUAUUGUCAUGACAAUGAUCUUGUUAGUUAUAUUAAAAUAAGACUGUAAAAUAUAUACAAGGAACAGAAUUUAAUUCUGUCUUGAGUCUUACCACCUUCGUUAUUCAAGAUAAAGUGGACUUUCUGAAUCAGGAGAACAUAUAUAUACAUAUAAAUAUAUAUUCUGUUACUCAGGAGAUGUAUGGGAG